CCAAGGCGGAGACCUUCUACUAGGAUUGGGAAAGAAUGAUUUGUAGCUCCUAUUGCCAUCAUAUCUGUGUUCCUGCCCGCCCAUCUUGGCUCCAUCUGUCGAAAAUAGCCCAAGUUGCUCAGUAUAAAAGCCCAACGUUCUAUGACCUUUCAUUCAUCAGUUCUUCAUCUCAUUUGAAUCAUCCUACUAGAGACCUACAUCUUAUACAAUGCCUUUUUCCACCGAUGGAGUGUAUAAUGUCAGAAACGUCGGGAGAGACCUCAUGCUUGACCUGACGCAAAGCAGUACCGCCGAUGGCAACCAGAUCCAAGGCUACCUCAAUGACAACACCGCGGCUCAACAGUGGGUGAUCAAGAGACAAAACGAGCCAGGGUCCGCCAACAUUACUGUCAGCAUUCAGACCAGCGUCAACGGCGACAAUGGUAAUGGAUGCUUUGCCACUGCGAGCGAGGAUUCGGAUGAACCAGUUGUUUAUACCAGGCAGUCGGUCCUCGUUGAUCUUGUUGGACGCGCGGACGAUACUUAUACUAUGAGUUUCACUCUCGGAAACGGGGACCUGGUGCUAUCCGUUCCAAGCGCAAAUAACAGUGCAGUGAAACUCGAGAAUUACGACAAAUCAAGUGCCCGCCAGCAGUGGGAAUUCACCCGGGUUUCUGAUCUUCAACCAAUUGGCAACUAGGCACCCCACCUUGCAGAGGUGUUCAAGCUUGAGCUGUUGAAAGUGUCCCCCGCAUAUGUGUACUACGUCUUGUUGUGUCUGCUUCUGUUGUGUACUACUCUGUGUACGUUGAUGAAUAGGAUUGCUUUGGUCUGGC